AUCAACCAUUCUUGGCAUUUGAUCAUUUUCUAAUGCUUUUGUGAAAGAUGACGAAAACUGCAAAUUUGAUUUUACUAAUUGGAACAAUUGUUCUGGUGUUGCUUACUAUAGGUGUAUGUUGGGAGCACUACCAUCCUGAAGAUGAACAAGAAAACUCGAAACCAAACAUUAGUAUCAAGGAAGAAUCAGGGUACAACAAAGAACUUCUUGUGAAACCCGCAACAAAAUGGGCUGAAAACGAAGAAGAUCAGGUUACUUUUUUUCCUCAUCCAAAUGUAUCGACGACGCCUCACAUUGUCACAGUUACUAAGCUACCAAGGACAACAGGUCAAUCGGGGUCAACGCCCUCUUACGAGUCAUCGACCUCGCCUCACAUCGUGACGGUUACAAAAUUACCUUCAAGCAAGACCACGACUAUUGAAAACACGACUGUUUCCACAACCGAAAAUGUGACCACCGUUCCAAUGACUACGUCAACAAACACGACAGAAUUCACGACAACCGAGACGCCGAAUGAGACAUCUACCUCAUUCACGACUGCCGAAACUACCAUAUUAACUAGUACUACCUCCGAAAGCACUUCAGCUCCCAGUUCAACAGAAUAUACAUCAACGCAAACAACUGCGGCUCCUACAACCACUGAAUCAUCAGGAGUUACAACAUCUGAAGUUACAAGUUCACUGCCGACAUCUGAACCCACGACAACUGAAGAACAAACGACAACUCCUGAGACUUCUAUGACCUCCACGGAGUCAAUGACUUCAACAGUUGUCACGACCGAACCGACAACAACGACAGCAAAUCUAACGACUCUGUCAAAUGCGACUUCAACUGAAGUUCCGACUACAACCUCCGAUGUCAUAAACACAACAGUGACUACUGAAGAAACGACGACUCUGAUGACGACUGAGGUUCCGACAACUAUACCGACGACAACGUACAUUAAUACAACAAUGUCGACAACAGGGGCAACUACUCUUAAUACGUCGACAACUUCCGAAAUCACUACAGAAAUGACAACGAUGACUGAGACAACUGAACUUACAACAAUUUUGUCAACUACAACCGAAAACAGCACUGUUGAAACUACGAUUGAAACUUCGACUAGCCCAAGCACCUCUGAAGCUCCAACUUCUUCUUUUGCGACAACAUCGUCUCAAAUUACGACAUCGGGAAUGGUAGCUUCGUCUAGUACUGAAGAAGCCAGCACGACAUUUGAACCUACGACAGCACUCCCAACUACAUUUACUCCAGAAACUGAAAACACGACAUCUUUGUUCUGCGUAAUUUGCAACAACGGGAAAUAUGCUCCAAAAAAUGAAUGCAAGCAUUGCCUUGCUGAAGACGAGUGCUACUCGGGCGAGUGUGAGUCAUGUGCCCCCGGCAACUAUACUCCAAGCGACGGGAAUGGAUAUUCCGAGUGCGAGUCGUGCCACUCGGGAAUGUACAAUGAUAAGCCCGGCUCCAACACCUGUGAAAUGUGUCCCGGCGGAACUUACACUGGAAACUCAACCGGAAGCACUAGCUGCAAGGAGUGUCCAAAAGGAUAUUUCUGCCCGUACGCGGGAUUGCACCCCCUCAGCUGUCCCAAGCAGUCCGUCUGUCCCGCGGCGUCCAUGGGGGCCACAAGGUGCACCAAUGUGGUAGAGUCUGCAAACUCACACACACAGGUUUGUGACAAGACAGCCUGGUACUACAUCUUCAUCGUCCUCCUAAGCAUAUGUAGUGUAUUUCUGUUCGGUUGGCUGGGUGUAGUAGUCGUGCAUAGAGUGAAGAGCUCAGCUCGAGUCAGGGCAUUCAUCGUCCGACACGGCCGGAAAGCGAAACCAUCUAUGAAGGAACUUGACGCUGUCGAGAACACCGUCAUCAUUGUGGCAAACCAACCAGUCUAUGGAGGAUUUUGACCACAGAACCCAUAGAUUGCACGACAAUAACAGAUUUUAUAGUGUACUUUUUUCAAAAAAUUUAUGGACGCCAUUGUUUCGUCUGCUCAAAAUAAAAUAGCAGCGAAAACAAUAGCAGUUGAAUAUUUUACCACUUGCUUGUUGCUUCAGUUGCUUGCGGUUUCAAUUCUGGUGCCAUAUUUUUUUGCCCCGUUGCA